UUCGGUGAAAAUGGCGAAUCUGCGGGUGCAACAUAUAUAACACGGAGGGUGGAAUAAUAAAUCAAGCUAAAUCGGGCCACUUCUCAGUCAACAUCAGUUUGUUUGUACCUCUGCCUCUAAUCUCAGACGCAGUCGCGUCAACAUCUUACGUCAUCGAGGUCAUGUGACAAUGCCUUCAGUACGAUAUUUGGGAGUUUACUUGGCUAACGGUUCAACCUUCAUUGCAUUGGUUUAUAUUCCAGACAGUCAUUUCAAAAACAAAGCAAACCCCACGUUUUUGUGUCGAUUAGCUGACUUUUUUCCACCGAACUCGUGGAACGUCGCUUUCAGGGGAAAUUAGCUAGUUAGCACUGUUAUCUUCUCGGUAAUAUGGGUUGCCUAACGUUAGCUAGCUAACUAAAUUAACAACAACAGGGUCCUGGGCUGUUUGACUAAUCUCAUGCCGUAGAUACAGCUUGUUUCUUCAAGCUUGAUUCGUCCUCUAUUCAUCACAGUUGCGAGAAUUACAAAUAUAGAAGAGAACACAUAAACUGGCCAACGCUAUAUUUAGAACACUGACAAGUAUGACUGAGUCCAGCGGAAUGAUUGAGGUCACGGUGAAGACUCUGGACUCACAGAGCAGGACUUACAAAGUCAGAGGCCAGUUGACAGUGAAGCAGUUCAAGGAGCACAUAGCGUCCUCAGUGGAGAUCCCGGUUGACAAGCAGAGACUUAUUUACCAGGGCAGAGUGCUACAGGAUGACAGAACGCUGACUGAAUACAAUGUAGAUGGUAAGGUCAUCCAUCUGGUGGAGCGUGCCCCACCUCAGCCCACUGUAUUCUCAUUUGGGGAUGCAGGUGUUUCUACUAAUGGGGCAGAGGGUGGAAGCAACAGUAGCAGCAGCCAUGGCUCCUCCCAGGGUGCCCCACAUGACCGCAAUGGCAACAGCUAUGUGAUGUUGGGGACCUUCAACCUACCUGUCAACAUGAUGGACUCACAGCAGAUACAGAUGUCAGUUCAGCAGAUGGUGGCUGGAGUUGGUGAAACCAGGGUCAGCACUGGUUCGGGGAGCAAUGGCUCAAUGGAUACGCAAAUCAACUUGGAUCGGUCAGUUCAGAGUGAACCCAGGGUGAGGCUGCAGCUUGCUGAGAACCUGCUUAGAGACGCUCACUCUCUAAUCCACAGUUUGGAGGGAGUGCCCAGUGACAGCAGCUCCCAUUCAGAGGCAGGGAUACUUCAGUCUUCUUUGUCCCCAACACCGGUGUCCUCAUCUCUAAGAAGGGCUGAAGCACCACAAGCAGUACUUGCCAGCUCGCCCCCAGCAGCAUUAGCUUCCACCCAAACUGAGAGACCAGCUAUCACUGGGCCCAACCACCCUAGUCCCGCUGAGUUUGUGGAGGUUCUCUCUGAGGUCAGGAGGGUGGAGGAGCGAUUACGUCCCUUCAUAGAGAGAACCCACUCAAUCCUCGGAGCUGCCACCUCAGCAGACUACAACAACAAUACCCAGGAAAGAGAGGAAGAUCAGCGCAUUCUUAACCUGGUUGGAGAUGCUCUUCGUCUCUUAGGGAACACGCUGGUUGUCCUUGGUGACCUACGCUGUAACCUGGCAACCUCUCCUCCACGUCACCUGUAUGGGGUUCGCCCCUUGGCUCACUACAACCACUCACUUCUGCUUCAGGCUGGUCUGCCAGUAGGUUCACCCUACACUGAUAUUUGGCUACUGUGAAGAACUAUUGUGUUAGGAUAUAGUGCAAUAACCGUAACUGUUAGGUUGAAAUUGUUAAAUGUUGCCAUUAUUGUACUGAAAUUUGUAAGCCUUGGUUUAAGCUGUAGGAUCAAAGACAUUCUUCUGUUUCUGUUCCCCUCCCCGGCCUGUUGAAUGGUGAGGGGCAAUAGUGUAACUGUAGGCACAUCCUAUGUGAGGGUUCUGUUUUACUUCCUGCCCUUUAUAUGCUCAGCUGUGCUGUAUAUGGUAAACUGUUAGAGGAAGCUAAGCCUCCUCUAACAGGGUGAGGGGAGAUGACCCUUUGUCAGCAGGAAUUCACACAGACACACCCCCAUCCACACACACUCACUCACGUGCACCCACCCACACACACACACACACACACACACACAUGCUCGCACAUGCCUACACACACACACAGUGUUUUAACCUUUUGUGACCAUAGGGGGGGUUUACAAUGGGUGUUUGUGUGACCACUGAGUUAAUAAAAGAGCUGCGAGAGGAGGCCGGAGUUUGGAGUUGUCUGGGAUCAGGUGAGGAGCUUGCAGCUCCAAGACCCUGGUCCGAUCGGCUCCCCUUGCAAGUUAAAAUGGA